AUGAAAGGAAUAGGAGGAAAUCUCAAUUCAAAAUCCUCAAUCAACCGCCAGGUCGAGCGAACCACACAACCCGUGAGACCGCAGCAGAGGCAUGCGUGCGCCGGCAAGUUCACCGCUGCUUGCUGGAAGAAGCGUGAGAAGCUCCCCGGCUUGAGGGCGAGACUGUCCGUCAAGCCGCCGCGCGCUGCUUCAGGGAAGGGUGGCAUUGUCCCAGCCAGCGACGAUGACGACGGGGUCAGCCUCGGCACCGUGAAGCUGCCGGGCAACAUCGACAUCGCUCGGUUCGAGUCCUUGCUCUUCCAGGAAAAAUUCGUGUGCAGCCAGGCGGACAAGGUUGAGGGCGGCAUCAGGCUAGGGUUCAUCGCGGUCGAGGACGGCUCGACGCAGACGCUGGUCUACAUCGACUGCCUGGUUUCUCCGGCGCCGGACGGCUCCGGGCUGGUAUUCCAAGCGAUCAGGAACGGUCCUAUGAAGGACAAGCAGCCACCUGGGGAGCCCAGGAUCAUGAGAAGCCUCCUUGAGGCUCUCCAAAAGUGUAUUCAGAUUGCUCAAGUUUGA